GAAUCCGAGUCCAUGUAGGAAGAGGAACAGGUGUACUGACAUUGGAUCGGAUCUUCUGGAGCGAGUUGAACUCUUUAACUUUGAGAUUGAAUAUCAAUCGAGAAGAGCGAUCGCUGUCCCGUUGGAAUCUCUGUCGAUUACUUUCUCCGAUCUCUUCCAUCUGUUCGGCGACGAAUCUCCGGUUGUUGCGCACGUCUCCGACUCCAGAUUUUGAGAAAGAUGUCCGGCCAAAGCCAGCGUUUGAAUGUGGUUCCAACAGUUACGAUGCUUGGAGCCAUGAAAGCCCGUCUUAUUGGGGCAACCAGAGGUCAUGCUCUCCUCAAGAAGAAGAGUGAUGCUUUGACUGUGCAGUUCCGUCAGAUACUCAAGAAGAUUGUCUCAGCUAAGGAAUCAAUGGGGGAAGUUAUGAAAACAUCUUCAUUUUCCCUCACCGAGGCAAAAUAUGUUGCUGGUGACAACAUCAAGCAUAUCGUCCUUGAGAAUGUCCAAAAUGCAGCUAUUAAGAUUCGAUCUCGGCAGGAGAACAUUGCUGGUGUAAAACUCCCAAAGUUUGAACACUAUUCUGAUGGUGAGACAAAAAAUGAUCUCACGGGGUUGGCCAGGGGUGGACAACAGAUUCAGUUAUGUCGGGGUGCCUAUGUAAAGGCAAUUGAGGUUCUUGUUGAGCUUGCUUCCCUUCAGACAUCAUUUUUGACUCUUGAUGAGGCAAUUAAGACCACAAACCGCAGGGUUAAUGCUCUAGAGAAUGUUGUGAAGCCAAGGAUAGAGAACACUAUAAGUUACAUCAAGGGGGAAUUGGACGAGCUGGAAAGGGAAGAUUUCUUUAGACUUAAAAAGAUACAGGGUUACAAGAAAAGGGAAAUUGAGAGACAACGUGCUAAUGCCAAGCUAUAUGCUGAGGAACAGCUUGCUGAGAAGGUGUCUUUGCAAAAGGGUAUGUCCAUAAGUUCAGCUCACAAUUUGUUGUCUGCAGCUAUGGAGAAGGACGAGGAUAUUAUUUUUUGAUUUAACGGUUAGUUUGUCUCUCUCAAAAUGUGUGGCUUUCGUUUGCUUAUCUAUGGUAAAGAAUUCCUUUGGUGACUUAGGUGGCUAGUGGAGUAAUCUUAAUAAAAACACCAUAUGCUCUAGCCAUAAUGUAUUUAUAUCUUAUUCCUGUCACUUCCAAGGCUAUCACGUCUUGUAAACAUUUUUUCAUUCGACAGUCUUUUGUUUCUUGAGAUACAGAAUACUUUGUUAUGUCAUUCUCAGUUUAUGUAUGCAUGGUGUCAUCUCCAAUUGCUCUAAUGUAAUUUGGAAGUUUUAGCGGGCA